AUGUCAUCCGACCUCAGGCUCUCCGACGGUUUUCCAUCUGAAGGAGCACGGAAUGAAUCUAAGAAUAUCUUUGAUGGCACAAUGCAUCUCCCGGUGUCAGGCGGACAGUUGCCCGACACUGACGACCACAUUGCACAAAAGAUCAACCCCACGAACAGCAUAGUGGAUUAUCCAGAAAAGCCAGAACUGUCACCAGACCAAUAUGAGCGUCAACCCCAACUGUCCGAACAUGGACUCGAUAGACACUUUUCAAAUGCCACUGCUCCCGACGAACUCAGCCAUCAAGCUCCCGCCAGUCGAGUGACUACUGAUGCCGAUGGCAACACCUAUCCCGAAGGUGGUUUGGAGGCUUGGUUGGUUGUCCUAGGCUCGUUUUUGGGUCUCUUCGCCUCCUUGGGUUUAGUGAAUACCAUUGGCUCUUUCCAGGCAUACCUUCAGACCAACCAGCUCAGAGACCACAGCUCUGGAAACAUAGCCUGGAUUUUCGGCAUCUAUGCGUUUUUGACUUUCUUCGGUGGUGUCCAGGUAGGACCUGUGUUUGAUGCCAAAGGACCGCGACUCUUGGUCUUUGGCGGAUCAGUAUUGGUGAUGGUGCAGGUGGUAACCAUGGGCUUCUGCACUCAGUACUGGCAUUUUGUCCUUUCGAUUGGAAUCGCGGGAGGACUAGGGACGUCCAUGAUCUUCACUCCUGCCGUGUCUGCGAUUGGACACUAUUUCAAUGAGAGACGCGGAGUCGCAACCGGUCUCGCGGCAACUGGUGGCUCUGUAGGAGGUGUCGCAUUCCCUCUGAUUUUGGAGAGCUUGUUUCCCAAAAUUGGAUGGGGAUGGGCAACCCGAGUCAUUGCUUUAAUCUGCCUGGUUUCGCUAAUUGGCGCAUGUUUGUUGAUCAAGUCCCGCCUACCGACAAAGCCCGCCUCGAAGGAGAAUGUACUGCCAGACUUUCGCAUCUUCCGCAGCCUCAAGCUUAGUUUCACCACGGCGGGAAUCUUCUUCAUCGAAUGGGGGCUUUUUAUUCCAAUCAGCUACAUCUCAUCAUAUGCAUUGGCACAUGGUACUUCUGAAACCCUUUCAUACCAGAUGUUAGCAUUUCUCAACGUGGGAUCGGUUCUUGGAAGAGCGAUUCCCGGCUUCUUCGCAGACCAUCUCGGCAGAUUCAACACCCUUAUCGUCACUGUUGCGUUAUGCCUCAUUUGCAAUGUGUGCCUUUGGCUUCCCGCUGGAGACAGUGUGGCUGUGACGAUCGUGUACUGUGUGAUCUUCGGCUUUGCUAGCGGCAGUAACAUCAGUCUAACCCCUGUCUGCAUCUCACAGCUUUGUAAGAUUGAGAACUACGGGCGAUACUAUGCCACUUCGUACACGAUCGUAAGCUUUGGUACUUUGACAGGAAUGCCAAUUGCAGGUGAAAUCCUUGCCCGUUGCAACGGGGACUAUUGGGGCCUCAUCACCUAUACGAUCUGCUGCUACGCUGCAGGUCUUAUCUGCGUCACAACAGCAAAACUAAUCCACGUCGGCUGGCGCCAUCCAUGGGUAAUCUACUAG